GUGCAUAAUUGUUGUCUGCUGCCUAGUUUCUCCCAUACACAGGAGGAAGCUCUUAUCUACCUGUGUAUUAAGACAUAGCAGGUCGAGGACCAGAAGGUUACUGCUCCGAGACCAUGGCAGGCAGUUCACCCAAGGUUAGCGAGAUCCGGUGUGCGCAGCGUGCAGAAGGCUCAGCGGCAAUGCUCGCUAUCGGAACAGCAAAUCCUGCGAACAAGGUUUCCCAAGAAGAGUACCCUGACUAUUAUUUCCGCGUCACCAAGAGCGAGCACCUUACUGACCAUAAAGACACAUUCAAGAUAAUAUGUGGUCUAACGGGCACCGAGAAUCGUUUCUUCUACCACACGGAUGAACUGCUCAACUCCCACCCUGUCUUGCUGGACCACACAUCGCCGUCCCGCGAAGCUCGGCAUGAUAUCGUGGCCAAGGCUGCUCCAGAGCUUGCAGCAGCAGCAGCAAAGAAGGCCAUCGCAAAUUGGGGCCGUCCGGCCAGUGACAUCACCCACCUUAUCGUCAGCACCAACUCUGACGCUGGUGCCCCAAGCGCCGACGUACGCUUGGUUUCACUCCUUGGCCUUCGCGCAGACGUCUGUCGUACCAUGCUCCAUCUUAAUGGUUGCUUCGCCGGCUGCUCCGCCUUGCGCCUAGCCAAGGACCUUGCUGAGAACAACCGUGGGGCACGCGUCCUUGUGGCUUGCGUGGAGCUCGCCAUUUCUGGCUUCUGCAGCCCAGGCGAAGGCGACUGCUUAGACACCCUCAUUACUCAUGCUUUGUUCGGUGAUGGGGCAGGCGCGAUUAUCGUCGGCGCCGAUCCCAUGCACCCCGUCGAGAAUCCUCUGUUUGAGAUGGUGUCCGUCUCUCAGACCCUCGUGCCAAAAACCGAGCAAGUGCUCACCCUGAACUUGGGGAGCAAUGGCACGCAUGGCAAAGUUUACACCAAACUGCCCACACUCGUGGCAGAUAACAUGGAACCUUGUCUUUUGGAAGCAUUUGGUCCACUUGAGAUGGACUUCCAGUGGAAUGACCUCUUCUGGGCAGUGCACCCGGGCAGCCGUGGGAUCUUGGACCAACUUGACAAGACACUCCAGUUGGAGCCCACGAAGCUAGCGGCGAGCAGAACUGUCGUACAGAAGUUUGGGAACAUGUUUAGCGCCACCGUGAUCUUCGUGCUUGAUGAGCUACGGCGUCGAAUGGAGGAGGAAGGAGAGCAAGCUGAGUGGGGGGCCAUGGUGGGAUUUGGACCAGGCUUCACUAUCGAGACCAUGGUGCUCCAUGCAACUGGCGCUCUCAAGAAAAAUUAGCGCUUCGUCGUUAAGCUAUGUACGCAGCAGCGGAGAAUAAGAUUAAAGUCAAUGUGCCCAACUAUUUUAAUUGUUCUCAUACAAAAGUUAUUUUGAUUGGAUCUGUAACCUAUUUGAUUACCAAAUCAAAUACUCCAAUAAUGUACGAUGUUAUGGUUUGUGCUGAUUUUGACAGCCAUUAAUGAAUCUAUAUCGAAAGGCAGUCUAAAAGUA